AUGGUUGGGUAUCGUGUACAAAAUACAGAAUCUUUCAACCCUACUUAUAUUUGUUCAUAUUGUUUAUUGCUAUUGCGAGAUCCUGUACAAUUAAUUGAUUGUGCUCAUCGAAUGUGUCAAUCAUGUGCAAAUGAACUAGAAGGAGAUAUGAUUACAUGUUCUGAAUGUCAUGAGAAAACAAAUCGAAACAAAUUAUUAAUCGAUCGAGGUUUUAAAAAUGAUAUGAUGACAUUGACAAUUGUAUGUUCACUUUGUAAUUGGACUGGUAUGUUGAACAUCUAUCAGAAUCAUCUUGAUCAAAAUCAUCCAAAUCCGAUAUGUCAUGCGUGUAAUCAAAAAUUUAAUUCAGUUAACAAUCUUGAUCGACAUAUACAAUAUCAUUGUGAAAAAAUCAUUGUAGAUUGUCCAUUAAAAGAAUUCGGAUGUCAAGAAAUGAUCCUUCGCAUAAAUCUUUCUCAACAUUAUCUAAGUGAACAACAUCAAAACAUUUUAAUGUAUUUUGUUCAUCAUCUGAAAUCAAUAGUAUCACAGGUCAUGUGCAAUCAACUUCAGAUUCCUUCACAGACAACAAUAGAUCAUCGUCAAAUUACAGAUAAUAUGACGAUUCCAUUACAAGAGAUCGAUGAUACAGUCAAUGUUCUAUCAGAUGGUAUUGAAACAUUAGAUAGUGAUAUACAACGUGUCAAUACUGAAUCUAUUCAUCAUAAAAAUACACUCGAUUCUUUGAUACCACAAUUAUCAACACUAAAAAUAUCUAUUGAAGAAGAAAAUAAAGUCUUAGAUAGCAUCAAAAUCAAUCAAGAAGUUCUUCAACAAGAUGUUGAAUCAAUGGGACAAAAACUUAAUGAUAUGAAAAUGAGUUCAUAUGAUGGAACAUUUGUAUGGAAAAUAAACGAUGUACAAGAAAAAAUGGCAGCCGCUCAAUCGGAUAGACAAACAUCAAUUUAUUCUCCACCUUUUUAUUCAUCAUCGACAGGUUAUAAAAUGUGUCUUCGACUUUAUUUAAAUGGUGAUGGUAAUGCUCGACGAACACAUAUGUCAUUAUUUUUUGUUCUUAUGCGUGGUGAAUAUGAUGCUAUUUUAAAAUUUCCAUUUGCUUAUAAAGUAAUAUAUUGUCUUUAUGAUCAAAGUAAUCAACAAAAUCAUAUCAUUGAUUCAUUUAAACCUGAUAUUAAAUCAAAUAGUUUUCAACGACCACGUUCGGAUAUGAAUAUUGCUAGUGGUAUACCAAAAUUUGUUCCAUUAACAAAGCUGCAAAAUGAUAAAAAUACAUAUAUACGUGAUAAUACAAUGUAUAUCAAAGUAAUCAUCGAUUUUGACAAUAUACCAAAAACAAUGUUACCGUAUGUAUUAAGUCUUAAUCCAGGUUUGACGUAUUCAAUACAACAAACAAUGAUUCAACAGGAAAAUGUGAGACAAGAACGCUUGUUGGCUUCUUCAACAACAAAUAUUCAGACUGAUCAAUUGACGACAGGAAAUUUACAAGAUAUUGAUACUCUUUCGAAUAUUUCUUCAGGCAAUAAUAUAAAUUGA